CCAUGGCUGGUUUUCAUUGGACACAGACCCAUGUACAUUGCUACUACCAACUACAAUGAACCUGACGGACACAUGCCAGUUGCUCUUGAGCUGCAAGAACACAUUGAACCCCUUCUACUGGAACACAAGGUGGAUCUUGCACUGUGGGCACAUCACCACUCCUGGCAGAGGUUCUGCAAGAUCAACCAGGACCAGUGCGACGAU